CAUCUUUUGCACCGCCACGACAACGUUCUCCACGGAUAGAGGAACCGCAGCAGCAGGGAAAAUCGAGACGAGGGAGCGAGGGGCACCCAGCCCUUUGGCGAGUUCGAAGGAUGCAGCUCCCAGGCGGGAGCACGAGAAUUCCGCCCGCGAGAGCUCCGGCCUCCUCCGUUCGAUCGGUGGUCAUAAACAGCAACAACAUUUACAGUAUUAGAAGCAGCAGCAAAAACAGCAGCAACAGCAGCAGCAGCAGCAACAGCAGCAUUGAAAGCUGCAACGAAAGCACGACGAUACACGACAGCGAGUGCGUAUGUGGUAGCAUAAUCGACAAGAGCAAUAGCAGUGAUAAAAAUAGUAACAAUAACGAUAAGAAGAUUAAGAAGAAUAACAAAAAAAAGGAGACGUGCAAGGGUAACAGGAAAAGCUUUAGCGAUAAAAACUUUAACGGAAGAAGAAGCGGCGUUGCAGGUCAUUUUUAUCGUCGUACCGAAAGCUCUGAUAAAGAAAGGAACGGCAUCGUUGGAAACGGACGGACGAGUCGAGCAGUGAAGGAAAGACAUCAUCUCGUGGUGGCUACUACGAGGACGAACCGCCGACACCGAGUCACGAAGCAUCAUCCCCUGGUGUUAUUGGCGUCGGCCCCACGGCGGAAGGUGCGGGGCGAAGAAUAGUGAAAAGAAAACCAAGGAGAAUCGAAAAACGACGGAAAAGGAGGAAGACGAAGAAGAAGAAGAAGAAGAAGAGGAAGAAGGUGAAGAAGAAAGAGACGAGGAGGAAGUCAAAGUCGUCCGGCAGGAGAAAACAAAAGGGUGACGGCCUCGUCGACGUUGUCGACGACGGUGGCUGUGGAGGUGGAGGAGGAAGAGAAGAAGAAGAAGAAGGAGGAGAAGGAAAAAGCGAAGGAGGAGGAAGUAGAGGCG